AAAAUGUCAUCAUGGGUCAAAGUUACCAGGGGUCAAGUUCAAAAACCUAUUGUGGAUAAAAGGCGUAGACCCGGAUGGAGUCCACACCUUCUGGAUAUGAAUCCUUACAAACCAUACCAGAAGAGUGUUUAUUCUCCUCCAGAUGGUUAUUCAAAGGACUUUGAAGAUCUUAAUAGUUUUGAAGAACUACUUGGGCAACAGUAUGAUUAUUCAACAGGGAAUGAAGAUCACUAUGAGCGAUAUCAGUAUUCCCAAAAAGAUGACAACUAUACCAGGGAUGAUCGUAGGGAGAAGCUAUACCUGCAGUUUUACCAACAGAUACAGAAAGAAUAUGAUAAAAAUAGACCUGCUGACUGUGUCAUUGUUGCCAUCAGCAAGGAACAAACGGAAUAUUCAACAGCCAUAGGCCAUCGGUUGCAGGAUCAUGGCCUUGUGGUGGAAAUGAUAUACCUUACAUCUGAGUUGGGUCUCACACGCGCACUCCAAGAAGUUAAAAAUGAUGGUUCCCCAUUUUGUAUUCUUGUUGAACAGUCAAAUGUAGCACUUUCCUCUUGCACCGCAAUCAUGCUUCAUGAGUCUAUCAAAAUACACCGUAAUAUGCCCAUGGAGGAUGCAUUGGCUCUGGUAGCUAAAGCAUUUGGGAAAAUUUUUGCUGAGCGCGAGCAGCAGGAGCGUACCGAGAUUUCACACAAAGCAGCUGAUCUGGCGGAUGACUACCUAGAACGGGAGCUCUAUGAGAGUUACAGUGUGCCUCUGGGCAUUAGACAUCUUCUCUUUCUGUUAAGUGAGGGAAAAUAUUUAUAUCGGGAGGAGUUGAACUCAAUAAGUGACUACCUGAAGACCAGAAAAGAUGAGCUUGAAGGCCUUGUUGAACAAACUAAUCCUUCCACUGAAGUUGAUGACACGAUGUAUCAAGCAAAUGUGAGGCCAAGUACAAGCACUGCCACCCAUACCUUAAGUAAACCACCUCCUCUUCUUCCAACACCAAGCAGGAAUGCUCUGUUAGGCCUCUCGCCCCUUCCUCAGGUUAAACCCGCAUUGUUGGGUGAUAGGCCACCUGGGGGUCUUCUUCCAACACCAGGGAUGUCAGGCACAAAGAGUAAACCUCCACCUCUUCUAGCAGGACCUCCAAAAAGACCUGGUCUCCUAGGAUACUCACCCCAUCAGCCUUCAAAACGGCCACUGCUUGGGGAGAAACCAGGCCUUCUGCCAACACCAGCUGUUCAUGUUAAACCAGUGCAGCACCAGCGGGUAGUUAAACCAAAGCCUUUGCUUAACUGAGAAGACGUCACAGAUGCCAUGUUUAAUAAUGGAAUACACCAAACCGGAUGGUGACAAUCCUGUUCCAAGACAGCAGAGAGUAUGAUAAACUUGUAAUGCUAGUGUCUGCACACUCAGACCAACUUAAAUGCAUCUCAUUUUCUGUUGCACACAUUCCCAUGAAAACUCUUUUUAAAAUUUGAAGAAGUUCUGCUAAAAACAAAAAAGGUUUGCGGAAGGUCAGUAUUGCAGAUUCAUAAUUUGUAAAGUCGUUUUCUUUCAUGACUAUUUAAAUAUCUAUCUGUUUUACUAAACUCAUCACUGUUUGCUUGUGGUAAAAUUUCACCUGACCCUUCUGUCUAAUAAUUUUAUAUGUAGGUACAGUCGGACUUAAUUUUGGUACUCGUUCUGGGCAAGGAUGGACAAAACUUCUUUUUCUUGUUAAAAACAAAGUCCGUGGGGUGAUGGGAUCUGCUGUGCAUUUACAUUCAAAGUGUUCUCUACUCUCUUUGCAGCUUUCUUAACAAAGGUGAAGACACUCUGAACAUACCUCAACUCCAUAUUGAAAGUGUCUUUUGCUUAGCUGACUUCUAAUAGUUUUGAAAUAUUUUUAAAUGAGAUCUAGUAUUUAAUACUGUAUUAUGCUACAAAUACUUUACCUUUUCCUUCUCUUGGAAAGUCUUUCAAUUUCUAUUUAUAAUUUGAAUUUUCAUAGUUAAAGGGAGUUAAAGACAAGAGAUAGAAGCCUUAAGAAAUGUGCUAAUUAUACUCAUAAAUUUAUUUUAGGUAAAUGAUGUUGAAGUCUACUUUAAUUUUUGUUGUUCCAUGCAAGCCAAUAGUGUACUAGAUCCAAUUUAAUUUGGAGCUAUGAAAUUGCACUUUUAUAAAUAUUAAAUUUGAACAGCCAUUCUACUGUGUAGUUUUAAUUAACACAUGAAAAAUAGAUGACUUUCAUGUGCCAGCAACCAAGGCUAACUAAUAACACACAGGUAAAGUUCAAAAAGUUCUAGGGAUACUGUAUUUACUCUGAAUUUGUGGAUUUCCAUUUCCUUUCCCCUGUAUGCAAGAUUCCUACACAGGAAAAACUGUUAAAAUGACUGCACAGACCGUCCUUAGUACUACUCAACUGUAACUAAAGUUUUACUUUUUAAAAUCUGUUGUUAUCAUAAGUUAUCACUUUGUACGGUAAUAGAUAAAAUGCUUUUUUAGACAGGAGUGUGACAUUAAAUUGGUCAGAAUAAGAGCCCAGGAGAACGUGGAUUGGGAAAAAAAUAUAUAGUUUUUCUGGCAAUACUCAACAUGUCGUCAGAAAUGACUUUAGCCCAUCUAAUUCCUACCUAUAUAUUUAUUUUGUUGCUAACUGAGGACCCACAGCAUUAAUAAAAUUGUCCUCUCAAUACCCGUGUAAGAUUAGGAUAUUACACAGAUGAGGCUCUAAGAUACAAAGUAAACAACUUCCCUAUGGUCACCUGUAAAGUCUUGUUAGAAUUAGUAAUUGAACCAAAUCCCCUUGACCCCCCCGAUAGUGUAUUUUAAUAACAAGAUCAUUCUUUCUUAAAGGAUUAAAAGUGGGUAGUCUAUAUUCAUUAAGACUCUGAUCUUACUCCUGUGAAAACCAGUGGAAGUGAGACUCUAACAGAUGUGUAUUUGUAUUGAGAGAGACACCUCAAUGGAAGAAUCUUAAUGGAAGCAAGAUACUAUAGUUCUUACCUGAAUGGAGUUUGUUGAGGUAGUACCCUGCUUUGCCUCUACAGGCUAUUACGCUGAAAGAGUAAAUUGCAUUGAAAUAUCAAGUUUGCUAUCGCAGUGUAAACCCAGAGGUUUUUUUCGGUGAAAGAGCUUUAGUGGGUGUAGCUGAGCUGCUGCUCUAACAGACUCAACACAUUAAAGUAGUUUGGAUCCUUGCUUUCUUUACAUUGCUAGUGCAGGCUCUUAAAUUGUUUUAAACUCAAUUACCCAAGAAGAAAAAUGGUUGCUUCUGCCCUUAAUGGAUAUCUGGCAAUUGCAAUGGUAAAAUACUACUUAUUUUUAAAUGAAUUAAAUCAAGGCAGAACUUUUUUAUUAAAAGAUCAUUAACGAACGUUUACUGUAAUGCAAACUGUAUUAAGACAAAGGCUAAAUGUAAAUCAGGUUAAGCUGAAACAUUUUGUAAAGCAGUUCUAAGAUCUUAAUAGGUGUGUAUUACCCAGGACUCUCAUUUUAAAACAGUUGGAACUGUUUCCCUUCAGGGAAGUAGGGUCUAAUAGCUGAAGAACAAGGCAAGAAGAUAGAUCAGCCUUCUUCUCCUAAUAUCUCCUCCUGUAGAUGGUAUAGUGAGGCUUCAGUGAGGAUUUUGAAAGUUUUGAUGAUUCUUAAAUAGGAUGCUUUGCUCAUCUAUGGUGCCUAAUGUACCUGCCAAAGUUAAUGAAGGCCGUCUUCCCCAACCACUAAAGCAGUGCAGGAAAAUGUGUUAUUCUAGGUAUAUGUAUAAAUUGAACCAAACCUGGACUUCACUUUUGAAAGAGAAAUUAAUUUCCAGUUGUUUUAUUGUAAUGCUAACUUGUAAGUCAGCAGGUGGCUUUUUGGAGGCUUUUAAAAACCUUUGUUUUUCUUUGCUUUUAAAAACCUUUUACAAUCCUAUAUGCUGGUACAGGAUCCAUAUAGCUUCCAUUCUGGGGUUUUUUUUUUGUUUGUUUGUUUGUUUUUUUUAAACACUAAUUAUUUUGGUAACAGUAAUUGUUUUAAUUUCACUGGUAAAGCUUUUAAGUUGACCAGUAUUCUUUGUCCUUUACUUUCAAACUUUAACAUACUUAGUUGAUAAUAAAUUAUAACAGGCCCAUUGCUAGUUAUCAGAGACUCCUCUGGUUAUAUUGUAUAAAUUGGAUAUUAAUUGUUAAAUUUAUUCUGUUCAGCUCUCCAUUCUAGUGACAUCCUGUAGUUUAUUUUUCUGAAACGUCACUAUAAACUGGACUUGGGGGCAGAAAAAAAGUCAGGUGAGAUUUUAACCAGAAAUUGAAUUUAGUGCUAGACAAAAAAUGACAGUAACUUUCACGUGAAUGUCAAGCUAAUAUGGACAUUGUGUUUGCAUUUAUUUGAACACUUUUCAUGCCAUCACCUUUCACACCAUCACCAUCAUUUGACUUCACUGUUCCUGAGCUGCCCUAGGGACUCUGGAAUUUGUGUUCCGUCUUCUCACAAAACUGCAUUUUGCUUCCUACUCUUCUUAAUUUUUAGUUGGAUUUGCUUUUCUAGUACAUCUGAAUUGUAAUUGCUUCUCA